AUGAUGUGGAACAACUUAUUCACACUGCUCUUCAGGAGUUUCUCGAAAAGGGUUACUGGCUCGGACUGUGCGAGCAAAUUAUUCAUGACUAUGAUGUACGGGAUAUACUCCGGCAGCAACUUGGAUUACAGGAUUAUUCCAAGACUUUUCUAUUCCUUCUCCCACUGCCACUAUCUCCACUCCUAUUAUAAUUGUCCAUGCCCACCGGUGUCAUUGGGCGUUUCGCAAGUCCAAACCCUACUUUUUACAGAUUCAAUAGCUACCACCACUUCAAAAACUGUUGAAACUCCAGUAACUGUGAACGCAUCAGAUGCAGGGGCAGGAGCUUCGGGUUUCUUAGUUGGUCAUUCCACUCCACCCAUCUCUCCGUUCUGCCAAGAUGGUUUGGACAUGAACUAUGGUGGUGAUGACGACAACUUCGCAGGAUUCACCUAUAGUCCACUCAACAUUUGGAAUGAAAGUGAUGACGAAGCUCCAGUCACAAGAAGGUAG